UGUGACGUCAGUUCUUUAGUAAAAAUACGAGUCGAGAGAUCGAUAAGGUGAGGACGUCUUUACCGCUCUGCGUCUAAAGGUCCAUUUGAAACCAGUGUUUUGCUGGUUGAACUCCGGAACGUGUACAGCGUGUGCCUUGCUCAUCGGUCAGGAAUGUCAGCUGUCGGCGACAGCGGAGCUCGACUCACCCAGUUCAAAAACAAAGGGAAAGAUGCCUCCGAGCUCAGGCGCAGGAGAGCUGAAGUGAACGUGGAUCUCCGCAAAGCCAAGAAGGAUGAUCAGAUCUCCAAGAGGAGGAACGUCCUCAUUACUGAGGACGAGCCCUCCUCCCCUAUGCAGGAGAAGGAUCCUAAUGCUCAGCCGCAGCAGCACUGGUCUGUGGAGGAGCUUGUAGAAGGUGUGAACAGCCAGAGCCUAGAGCAUCAGCUGCAGGCCACACAGGCAGCCAGAAAACUCCUCUCCAAAGAAAAGUGCCCACCUAUUGACACCAUAAUAGCAGCUGGCCUCAUCCCAAGGUUUGUUAGUUUUCUGGCAUUGUCUGAAUGCCCUCCCAUCCAGUUUGAGGCAGCUUGGGCUCUGACCAACAUCGCCUCAGGUACAUCGGACCAGACCACCGCUGUGGUGGAAGGAGGGGCCAUCCCUGCCUUCAUCAACCUGGUGGCAUCACCCCAACUGCACUUAAGUGAACAGGCCAUUUGGGCCCUGGGUAACAUUGCAGGUGAUGGAUCAAACUACAGAGACCUGGUGAUCCAACAUGGUGGAAUCCAGCCACUCCUAGACCUGCUGGCGGUCCCUGACCUGUCUGUGUUUCAUGGUGGCUACAUGCGCAAUGUCACCUGGACGCUGUCCAACCUGUGUCGGAACAAGGACCCAGCACCUCCUCUGAUGGCAGUGCAACAGCUGCUUCCGGCCCUGGUGCUCCUCCUCAAUCAUAACGACAGUGAGGUCCUGGCCGACACCUGCUGGGCAGUGUCCUAUCUGACCGAUGGCUCCAAUGAGAGGAUAGAGGUGGUUGUGCAGUCUGGGCUGGUGCCCCGACUGGUGCAGCUUCUCACCUGCGACAACCUUUCCAUCGUGACUCCAGCGUUGCGGUCACUUGGCAACAUUGUGACUGGGACGGAUGAGCAGACCCAGUGUGUUCUGAACACAGGUGCCCUGGCAAUGUUCCCCAGCCUGCUGCGUCACCCAAAAACCAACAUCCAGAAGGAAGCGGCCUGGACAGUGUCCAACAUCACGGCUGGCAAGGACACCCAGAUCCAGGAGGUCGUCAACGCAAACCUGAUGCCCAUCCUGGUUGAGAUCCUCCAACAGGGAGACUUCAAGAGCCAGAAGGAGGCAGUGUGGGCUGUCAGUAAUUUCACCAGCGGUGGAACUUUGGAACAAGUGGCCUAUCUCGUCCAUUGCAAUGUGCUGGGGCCUCUGCUCCACCUACUGACAGUCAAAGACUGCAAGAUCAUCUUGGUCAUCCUGGAUGCAAUCUACAAUAUUUUAAAGAUGGCACACAAAGCAGGAGAGGGUGAGAAACUGACCCUAAUGGUCGAGGAGUUGGGUGGUUUGGACAAAAUUGAAGCGCUGCAGUCCCACGACAACGAAGCUGUGUACAAGUCCUCUCUCAACAUUAUCGACCAAUUUUUCUCUGAAGAGAAUGAAGAUGAGUCUGUGGUUCCCGAGGUGACCGAAGACGGCUUUGCCUUCCAGGUCCCCGACGACCAAAGCACUUUUCAAUUUUAACAUCUCCACUCUGCUAUUUGUAACAUAAAAAGAAAAUUUGUACCUUGUUUUUUAUUUUUGUAUUUUUUUUGGUUAAAAUUUCAUCCUUGUACAUGACAGUAUAAGGACGAAUAUCCUUCUUUGGAUAAGUGUUUGUAAAUAAAUUUUGUAAAUGUA